AUGUCGUUUAAGCCACCCAUCUACCGAAUUCCUGCGCUGGAGGAGGUUGACGGUCUUUGGCCAGGCUGGGCCUCGAGCCUGAAUCACUCUCUUCGCCAAUUCAUCCGUCUGCUCCAAUGUCCCGUCUGCUCGAAUCUGAUCCAGGAUGCGCGAGCCCUGCCGUGCGGCUGGGCUGUCUGCGACGCCUGUGUCCCGCCGUCGUACAUGAGACAGGACGCCUCGUGGCCCAGGAACAGAUUGCUCUCCUUUCGCUGCCCAAUCCUAGCCUGUCGCCAGACGCACGCAACAGCUGAUAGUAGCACCGAUUUUGUCCUGAGAGCUGUUGUGGAUGCAGCAAAGAACAUCUUAGAUACGGCACACGAUUCGGUGAAGGGCACUCGCGAAACAUACUAUCAGCUCUACUUGUUGAGCGUUGCCGUCGUCAAACCCAACGUUCACAUCGACUCCAGCCUCAAAGCUCUGGGCCACCCACAGCCUGUCAAAGUCCCAGGGCCUGCCGGGAAGCUCGUCGAACUGCAUUCACUGGUCAAGCAACGCAGGCUUCCGUAUGGUACUGAAGUGGAGAUUCAAGGCACACCCCAAGAAACUCCUAAUGCUCAAGCCAGUGAAGAUCUCUGUGUCCAAAAACUGGACGACGAGCUCCUAGAAGCCAUCAAAAAGGCAGUUCGAGACCACUUGGAGUGCCGCAUCUGCCUGCUUACCUUUUUUGAUCCCAUCACGACGUCCUGCGGCCAUACUUUCUGCCGUCCCUGCCUUGAGUACCUUUCGGAUGCCGAGCUUCAGGGUACAUUGUUGAUGUGCGCUUUAUGCCGCAGUAAACUCUCCAUGCGGCCCCAGAUUCUCGCUGCGAAUUUGGCCUUGACCAGAUUUGUCAAUUUCUUCUGGCCAGGCUCUGUUCCAGAGCGCCUGGAGAACGCAGAAGCUUCCCGCAACUCCUGGAGGGAAAAGCACCAGAACAUUCCCUUUAUUGUCAGCCCUGUCGUCUUUCCCAGGUCCACAGCACGAAUCAUCGUUUCCGACCCCAAAUUUAUACCCGUUGUGCGUCGCGUAUGUCAGGGAGACCGCUUUCUCGGCUUAGUGUUCAGCAUUAGGGAUGCAUUGGCACCCUAUGGCACACUCGUCAAAGCUGUUAGUCAUACAGAGCCUUCCUCGGAUCUGUUAAUUGUUGACGUAAUCGGCAUCAUGAGAAUGUUUAUCCUCGAAUGUCACAAGAUUGAAGAACAUGGCUGCUAUGGAGGUAGAUGGCUGCCUCUCUUCGAUGCUAAUAUUCCAUGUCAGCAGGCACUCGAGGUAGGGGAGCUGACGGCCGCUGGUUCGCUCAGUUACGUUAGCUGGUCUCCCCAUGUCCCCAGGAUCCCUCGCUCAAUGCGUCAGAUCAACGCGACACCAACCGCAUCCCUGAUCAAGCUGUGUUACGACUUUGUCAACCGUGAAAGUAAGAAGAUGACAGACUAUGAGCGACAGCGCAUCACUAUGGUGGCCGGACCUGUGCCUGAGGAUGAGGCACUGUUCCCAUUUUGGUUCGCCCGCGUGCUGCCGCUCAAGGAAGACGCACGGCUCUAUAUGCUCUCCAAGCAGACAGUCAGGGAAAGGUAUAAAUUGUGUUGGCAGUGGAUUAUUCUUUGGGAGAGCGGGGACUAG